AUCCUGUCGAACACAACACCACUGCAUCCGGCGGACGCGGACUACGGGUAGUUCUGUGCAACCGACACCGAGCGCAUCAGAGCGAUCCUUCCUAUGCAGAACUGUUGGUCUAGUACGGCUUGGGAGAGAUGGUUCGUGGUUGGUAGUGCUGGCGUUCCCUGCAACGAGACACGGUCCGACUGAGGCUGCAAGCCAUUACACUGGUCGAGCGCUUGCAACGCCAUCUCAGGCAUGGUGGUUCUGCACGCUGUUUCGUUGUCUUCCAAGCGGUCGGUUCUGCUGUCAUUGCUGCCCGUCGAGCUGAAUACCGUGGUGCCAACAAGCUUUUGCCUCACCGCAAAGCUCCUCGAAGCCGCUGACGGAGAGCUCAGAGCCAAUGAUUUCGUCUGCAAGAUGCAAUCAUACACUUCGAUGAUGACCUCGAAUGCUUGCAUCUCUGCCGUCGACGCAACCGUCGCAACGUAUGGAUUGGCCUCCGACACUAUGCCACGUGGGAAGUGCUGUCAAAGGGUUGCUGCCAAGCUCAAACAGGAAAUAUCGUCGAUAGCUUCCGGUCAUGCCUUGCCACUGAUCAGGAGGAGUAUCCGGGGAAUUGAACGAGGGGAACAUCAAACUUUGACCGCACUAGAAGGGACACAUCGCACACCCGUUUCUCGUGCAGCUUCAAGGACCAAAAUGCUCACGAAUGUGGUGAUUCGAGCUACGAGCUACGUACUGUCGCUCUUGGUAUCUGCUUACCGACUUGCGCUCUUUACCAGAUCGAAGGGUGGUAUAUGCAGUCAUUAUCGGAAAGCCAGGAGUGCAGUCCACGAAAUGCGAGCUGCCGAGACAGCGUCUGGCAUAGACGCGACAAAAGGCGCAUAG